ACGCGCGGGGCUGCUGCGGCUGCUCCGCCGGCGGAUCAUCACUCUCGGGCUGGGAUGGACGCGGGGCGGGUGGGCCCUGGCGCGCGGAGCCAGGAGUCCGGGCCUCCUGGCUUCUGAGCAUCCCCCGAAGCCUCCCCCCUUACCCCUGCUUCCCCUCCUAGGAGCCCUGCCGACCCCCACCGCGGGGCUCCAGACUCGGCUCCCGCCCUCCUCUGACUCCCUGGACCUCCCCCUCCCGCCCGCCCUCGGGAUCGACUAGAUCCCUCCCCCUCCCCGAGGAUUCCGGCUGGAUCCCUGCCCCUGCACCGCGGAUCCUGCGUUCCCGGGCUCCGGGCCCCUGGGGAUUGCCGUGGACACCUCCUCCUGCACCCGAUCCCUUAGGAUCUUCCGCCGGUACCACCUUCUGGUCCCUCGAAGCCAGCCCACGGAGCCAGUGGAUUCCCAAUCCAGUCCUUUCUCGUUGCCCCCUCUUUGCUCCGCCGGCCCCACUGCGGGGUUCCCUGUUCUCGGGUUCCUCCUGACCCCAUCCCCUACCUCUCCUUUCCCCGGGGAUCGACUGGGUCCCGGCCCCGCCCCCCGGGGCUGGGGCGAUCCCCCUCCCCCGCCCGGUGAGGCGCUGCGGGCGGGGGCUGGGCCUGCGGGGCCGCGGGGGCUCAGAGGCCGCCGCCCCCCUCCCGAAGCCCGUCCGCCCCCUACUCGGAGCCCUGGAUGGAGGCACCACGGCCCCAGGGCUGAGCCAGAUCGGGCCUGCCUUCACCUUCUCCCACUUCCUUCCCCUUCCCCACCCCUUGCCCCCUCCAUGGAGAGGAACAGACCCUUUCUCUGUCCAGUCUAACCCAGGUCCCUCCCCACCCCCCUCCUCCCUCCUUUCCCCCGCCCCCUCCUCCCUACUGGGGCGAGGGGGGGCCUCCCUCCCUCUCCCCCCCCUUCUCUCUCUCUCCGAGGGGGGGGGUCCCGGGGAGGGAGGGGGGGUCCCCCGAUCAGCAUGUGGCUCCUGGCGCUGUGUCUGGUGGGGCUGGCAGGGGCUCAACGGGGGGGAGGGGGUCCCGGCGGCGGCUCCCCGGUUGGCCCAGGCCUGGGCCUCAGCAGCCUCGGGGAGGAGCGCUUCCCAGUGGUGAACACGGCCUAUGGGCGAGUGCGCGGCGUGCGGCGCGAGCUCAACAACGAGAUCCUGGGCCCCGUCGUGCAGUUUUUGGGCGUGCCCUACGCCACGCCACCCCUGGGCGCCCGCCGUUUCCAGCCGCCCGAGGCCCCCGCCUCGUGGCCCGGCGUGCGCAACGCCACCACCCUGCCGCCCGCCUGCCCGCAGAACCUGCACGGGGCGCUGCCCGCCAUCAUGCUGCCCGUGUGGUUCACCGACAACUUGGAGGCGGCCGCCACCUACGUGCAGAACCAGAGCGAGGACUGCCUGUAUCUCAACCUCUACGUGCCCACCGAGGACGAUUCUCCAGAUGGGUCCUUUCUGCUGCAGCCCCUCCCUCGCAGCCUGGGGGAACAGGCAGGUGCCCGGCCGGCCCCGAAGAGGGCCUUGUGUCCGCUCACAAAAAAACGUGACGAGGCGACGCUCAAUCCGCCAGACACAGAUAUCCGGGACUCUGGGAAGAAGCCGGUGAUGCUGUUUCUGCAUGGCGGCUCCUACAUGGAGGGCACCGGGAAUAUGUUCGAUGGCUCCGUGCUGGCCGCCUAUGGCAAUGUCAUCGUGGCCACGCUCAACUACCGCCUGGGGGUGCUCGGCUUUCUCAGCACCGGGGACCAGGCUGCAAAAGGCAACUAUGGACUCCUGGACCAGAUCCAGGCCCUGCGCUGGCUCAGUGAGAACAUUGCCCACUUUGGGGGUGACCCCGAGCGCAUCACCAUCUUUGGAUCGGGGGCCGGGGCCUCGUGUGUCAACCUUCUGAUCCUCUCUCACCAUUCGGAAGGGUUGUUCCAGAAGGCCAUCGCCCAGAGCGGCACGGCCAUCUCCAGCUGGUCUGUCAACUACCAGCCGCUCAAGUACACGCGGCUGCUGGCCGCCAAAGUGGGCUGUGACCGGGAGGACAGCGCCGAGGCGGUGGAGUGCCUGCGCCGGAAGCCCCCCCGGGAGCUGGUGGACCAAGACGUGCAGCCCGCCCGCUACCACAUCGCCUUCGGGCCCGUGGUGGACGGUGACGUCGUCCCCGAUGACCCUGAGAUCCUCAUGCAGCAGGGAGAAUUCCUCAACUACGACAUGCUCAUUGGCGUCAACCAAGGAGAAGGCCUCAAGUUCGUAGAGGACUCGGCGGAGAGCGAGGACGGCGUGUCCGCCAGCGCCUUUGACUUCACCGUCUCCAACUUUGUGGACAACCUGUACGGCUACCCGGAGGGCAAGGACGUGCUUCGGGAGACCAUCAAGUUUAUGUACACCGACUGGGCCGACCGGGACAACGGCGAGAUGCGGAGAAAGACUCUGCUGGCGCUCUUCACAGACCACCAGUGGGUGGCACCGGCUGUGGCCACUGCCAAGCUGCACGCCGACUACCAGUCCCCUGUCUACUUUUAUACCUUCUACCACCACUGCCAGGCUGAGGGCCGGCCCGACUGGGCGGACGCAGCGCAUGGGGACGAGCUGCCCUACGUCUUUGGCGUGCCCAUGGUGGGCGCCACCGACCUCUUCCCCUGCAACUUCUCCAAGAAUGACGUCAUGCUCAGCGCUGUGGUCAUGACCUACUGGACCAACUUCGCCAAGACUGGCGACCCCAACCAGCCGGUGCCGCAGGACACCAAGUUCAUCCACACCAAGCCCAACCGCUUCGAGGAGGUGGUGUGGAGCAAGUUCAACAGCAAGGAGAAGCAGUACCUGCACAUCGGCCUGAAGCCGCGCGUGCGCGACAACUACCGCGCCAACAAGGUGGCCUUCUGGCUGGAGCUCGUGCCGCACCUGCACAACCUGCACACGGAGCUCUUCACCACCACCACGCGCCUGCCCCCUACGCCACGCGCUGGCCGCCGCGCCCGCCCCCCCGGCGCCCCGGGCACCCGCCGCCCGCCGCCGCCCGCCACCCUGCCACCGGAGCCCGAGCCCGAGCCAGGCCCGCGCGCCUACGACCGCUUCCCCGGGGACUCCCGAGACUACUCCACCGAGCUCAGCGUCACGGUGGCCGUGGGCGCCUCGCUCCUCUUCCUCAACAUCCUGGCCUUCGCCGCCCUCUACUACAAGCGGGACCGGCGGCAGGAGCUGCGGUGCCGGCGGCUCAGCCCCCCCGGCGGCUCGGGCUCCGGGGUGCCCGGCGGGGGUCCCCUGCUCCCCGCCGCCGGCCGCGAGCUGCCGCCCGAGGAGGAGCUGGUGUCCCUGCAGCUGAAGCGGGCCGGGGGCGUCGGGGCGGACCCCGCCGAGGCCCUGCGCCCCGCCUGCCCGCCCGACUACACCCUGGCCCUGCGCCGAGCGCCGGACGAUGUGCCUCUGCUGGCCCCCGGGGCCCUGACCCUGCUGCCCAGCGGCCUGGGGCCCCCGCCGCCCCCCCCCCCCCCCCCCUCCCUGCACCCCUUCGGGCCCUUCCCCCCGCCGCCCCCCACCGCUACCCGCCACAACAACACGCUACCGCACCCCCAUUCCACCACUCGGGUAUAGGGGGCGGCUGGGGGGGGGGGAGGCCCUCCUCCCCAGCCCUCCCCGCCCGCCGCCGCCGCGGGUGGGCCGCGCGGCUCAGGAGGCAGGGAAGGAGGACUGGCCGCAGGCUUCCCGCGCGCUCCGGACGUGCCCCACGGCGGGGAGCCCUAGGUGGACAUGGGGUUCCGCACCAGGAUGCGUGUCUUUCCCAUGCCCAGCGGCCCGUCCUCCUCUCUGGACCGGGGCCUCGGAACAACGGGGGGUGUUUCGUGCCCUCCAUUGGGACACCAGUCUUCUUCGGUGUGUGGAAACUCGGACGUGUUUCCCCACGUGGAGGCCUGCUUUCUCACGAGGGGGUGUGUUUUCCCAUGUGCAGGGUGAGGUGUUUUUUUUUUUGCCGCCCUGGACACAUGUUGGCCCCCUCAAAAGAAUUCCUGUGGGGAUUUGUACCCCAGAUUCCCGUUCCCUCAUGCCUUUCCCCCCUCCCCCCACCUCCCCACCCCAUGGAGACCCUGGAAGUGGUGUGUUCAUGGACAGUGACCCUUGGGAAGGUACCGAGGAAAUCAGUCGUGCCCCCCCCCACUCCCACUCGGUGCCCCACAGCCCCCUCUGCCCCAGCGAAGCAUGUUUUUCCUCCAUGGCAUAUGUGAAGCCUGUGCUCCGGGUAGGAUUUCCUGCCAGGGGGAAGGGAGGAGAUGCGGGCGUCCCUGUGCUGCCUGGGAACUUGUUUUCCCGCGGGUCCAGGACAGGCGUCUCGGAGUGGAAACCUGUUCUUGCAUGUGGAUGUGUGUUUUCCCAUGCAGACGGCCCCUUUCCCGCCAGCAAUCCCCGGGCUCUGGGGCCUGAGGCCUAGCACUUAGCUCCUCCCCGCCCAGCAGGUGGGGACAGACCUCAGCCUGACCUAAGCUGAGUGUGGAGGGGGAGUGUACAAAUCCUGGGGGCAGAGCUCUGCGCCGUCUCCCCCCCCAAGAGGUGUCAAGUUGGGGGGCGUUGCGUGCCACCCACAGAGGCCAUGCAUGUUUGACCAAAGCCCUCCCUGGGGUCUGGGGACAGCCUUUCCCUCAAUCCUCAGACCAUUGCUCCUCCGUGCCAAACUGGGUUAGGUGGGUUUGAGGGGCGGGGAAGACCCCCAAAGUGUGCCAAGGAUCCCCCAGUCCUGGGCCAGGACAGGCAAAUGUGGGGACGGGUGGGCUCCGGGGGACGGAAGCGGCAGCGAAAGGGGUCCCGCCUGUCUCUCCUCCCUUCCCUGUGUCUCCUUCCCCCCCUCUGCCUCCGUGUCUCUCCUCCCAUCUCCGUCUUCCUCCUUGAAGCCGCCCUGUGUCAGCGUCAGGGCACCUCCUCCCGUCAGCCGCCCAUCCCCUUCUUUGACGAGGCCCCCCUUCCAUCCGCCGCCAGGGCUGAAGGAAAGGAGCCGUGGAAGGAGGGCGCAGGGGGCAAGGCCUCCCGGGGCAGGCUGGGGAGGGACUGAGAUCAGCGGUGCUGAGGGACA